AUGAUGGAUCAAAGGCAGAACAUUUAUCCGGCGAAUUUAACGGAUUUAUUAGCGGUUUCGGCGUAUCAACAGAAUUGCGACAGGCUGUCGGUGAAAGCCGACGGCGAAGACAAAUACAAUGCAGACAGUUUCGGGGACAGUGCAGAUCGUUAUGCCGACAGCGGUGAUCGUUUCGCCGACAGGUCGUCGUCACCAGCGUCGACUUUGGACGACGGGGAGUCAAGUCAAUCGGCAUUUGGUGUUGACUUGACAGGAAAGUCUACGAAUUUGGGAGGGAAAUCGUUCACAAUAGCCGCCAUAUUGGGUCUGACGAAUGCAGAAGAGGAUGUGAUGAAUUUAACGGUACAGGAACGGUUGCACCAAAAUCAGCGACAUCUACAGAAUUACCUAUACGCUGGUCAAGAUAUGCAGAGGUUUAAUGAUGGCUUCUGCAGAAGUAUGGUCGGUGUUUCAGCAGGUUUAAGACAAGACAGUCCGAGACAGGAGCUGAGGCCGCAGGUGGGGCAGCUGAAGCCUUCCAGGACUCACUCCAUGGCAUGUAGCAAUAGUUCAGGUAGAAGUAAAAGGAUACGCACGAUCUUCACGCCCGAGCAGCUGGAACGGCUGGAGGCGGAGUUCGAGCGUCAGCAGUACAUGGUGGGACCCGAGAGGCUGUACCUGGCACAUGCGCUGCAACUCACAGAGGCACAGGUGAAGGUGUGGUUUCAAAACCGACGGAUCAAGUGGCGCAAACACCAUCUGGAGGUGACACAGCAGAGGUUAGCUGUACUACAGCGGCACAGACCAGAGCGAGACGACGAUAUAUGA